UCAGGUCAGCCAGCUACUGCUCUCAGUGCAGUCCAACUCAUAUGACCAUGUUUCUUUCAGUUGUGCUGCUAUGGAUCUGCGUUUUCUUUAUCGUCCUUCAGGUCAAAUCCAAGAGGCCAAAGAACUUCCCACCAGGACCCCCAGUCUUUCCCAUACUGGGAACCAUUUUGCAGCUGAGUUUAGAGAACCCCUUGAAGGACUUUGAGAGGCUGAGGAAGUCUUACGGAGAUGUCUACAGUAUUUACAUUGGCCAGAAACCAGCUGUAGUCAUCAAUGGGCUGAAGGCCGUAAAGGAGGCGAUGGUGACUAAGGCUGCUGAUUUUGCUGGACGACCCCAAGACUUCUUUAUUAAUGAUAUCACCAAGAGGAAAGGGGUCGUUAUGAUAGAUUACGGCUCUAGUUGGAGGGAACAUCGUCGCUUUGCUCUGAUGACUUUGAGGAACUUUGGUCUGGGGAAGAACUCGAUGGAGGACCGGAUUCAUGAAGAGAUAAAACAUCUUGUUAGCACGCUGGAGGAGAGCGUUGGUAAAACCAUGAGUCCUCGAGUUAUGUUUCACAAUGCGGCCUCCAACAUCAUCUGCCAGGUUCUGUUUGCUAGACGCUACGAGUAUGACAACGCAUUAAUCAAACAGAUUGUUCAGUGCUUCACUGAGAAUACCAAGAUGGUCAAUGGGCCGUGGGCUAUGCUCUAUGACUCUUUCCCUAUAAUUCGUAACCUGCCACUGCCCUUCCAAAAGGCCUUUCAGAAUGUGGAGACUUGUAGGAAUAUUACAAUUGAUUUAAUCAAUGAGCACAAGAAGACCAGAGUUCCUGGAGAGCCACGAGAUUUUAUUGACUGCUAUCUGGAGGAACUGGAGAAGCGAGGCAAUGAUAGGUCUUCAUUUUCAGAGGACCAGCUCAUUAUGUACUCUAUAGAUCUUUAUAUUGCUGGGACUGACACCACCUCCAACACCCUACUGACUGGUUUUCUUUACCUUAUGAACUACCCGCACAUCCAAGAAAAAUGUCAGCAAGAGAUAGAUCAAGUAUUGGAAGGGAAAGAUCAAGCCACUUUUGAGGACAGACACAAGAUGCCUUACAUUCAGGCUGUGAUUCAUGAAAUACAGAGAGUUGCCAACACUGUCCCUCUCAGUGUCUUCCACUGCACCAACAGAGACACAGAGCUCAUGGGAUAUUCAAUUCCCAAGGAUACAGUGAUCAUCGAGAAUCUGACCUCAGUGCUCAGCGAGGAGGGACAGUGGAAAUUCCCUCAUGAAUUCAACCCUGAAAACUUCCUCGAUGACAAAGGAGAGUUUGUUAAACCAGAGGCCUUCAUGCCUUUCUCUGCAGGUCCUCGGAUGUGUCUCGGAGAGGGUCUGGCUCGCAUGGAGCUCUUCCUCAUCAUGGUGACUCUUCUGCACAAGUUUAAAUUCAUCUGGCCCGAGGAUGCAGGAGAACCAGACUUCACUCCAGUCUACGGCAUCACCUUGACUCCCAAACCUUAUGACAUAAAGGUUCAACUCAGAAUGCCACAGUGAGCCAAUGUGCUUCAUAGAAGGAGAAAGAAACAAUUUAGUCUUAGUCUUUAGUCAAUUUAGUCUAAUUUUAUUUUCAUUAAAAUUAUUGUCCUUUA